AAGUAGUAGCGUCUGUUAUCACAAGAGCUCGUGCGAGGACAGAACUGUUGUUAGAAUUGUUCCUUGUAUUAAUGUAUUUAUGUCGGAAGUCUUAUUGUCAGUUUCGAACACAAACUGAGUAAUUCGUCUCUCGAUUUAACAAAAGGAAAUUCCUGUGGUAAGUGCGUGAAAGGAAUGCUUAACAUUUCAAGCAGGAUGUCAACUCGGAUGCAACUUUCUCUUCUAAAUGAAGGAGGUUUGGAUCUUCACACUGGACAGAGUCCUGGAUAUUCUUCCAAACCUUCGGAUGGUCAGUGGAUGGAGAAAAACCAAAUAUUUGAGGAGGAACAAAAAGCCAGUGCCACAACUCAAAGUGAGGACAAGGAUGUAAAUAUGAGCAUGUUGCAAAGAAAGAAUUCUAUUGGAAACAAAAGAGUUUAUGAUUGCCCCGUGUGCCAGAAACGAUUUGGUGCUCCAUCCAAACUAAAAAGGCAUUGUCUUAUUCACACGAAUCAGAGGCCCUUUCAGUGUUCCCUGUGCUGCCGUGCCUUCAGAGAACGCUAUCAUCUAAACGUUCACGUCAGAACUCAUACAAACCCUGUGAAGAAGACAACACCAUCACUCCAGAGCUAUAAGGACCACUGUAGUCAAACAUCCAAGUCAAGGUUAAAACCUUUUCCAAAAAAUCGAGCUGCCCAGAACGAUACCAGUUCAACACAUAAACAAAAGCCAGCAGCAACAGACGUAAUCAAAACUAAUUCAGGUACUACAAAAGGACAUUGGUGUUCUAUAUGUUUUAAAUGCUUUAAAGCCCCAUCAAAGCUCAAACGUCACAUUCUGAUUCAUACUGGGGAAAAACCUUUUAAAUGCUCUGUGUGCCCUAAAGCUUUUCGAGAGAAAUCACGCUUGAAAGUUCACAAGUGUAAGGAAGAAUGCAACUCCAUUUUGAGUGAUUGGCAAGCGAAAGGGAACACUGUCAAGUAUAACGCUGAGGAAGGUGUUGUGUCUACCGCAGUAGAUGAUUCAAAUGAUAAUCAAGUUAGGUACUCAUUACCAGAUGUAAUCACACCUGGCGGAAAAAGGAUGUUUCAAGUAUCCAAGUCUUCUGAUCGCAUGUGUAUGCCUCAACUGAAAAAGAAUAGUGGAAAUCAGUGUGAAAUAUGCUUGAAGAAAUUCAGUUACCCCUCAAAACUAACUCGACAUUUGUUUGUUCAUUUUGACGCCAAGCCUUACACCUGCACAAUCUGCAGAAGGUCAUUCAAACAGGCCAAUUAUCUCCAUAAACACCUCAAGGUACAUACAGGAAAAAGUAACAAUAAAUCUAGGUUGUGUAGAGUCCCGCAGAAGCAUGAGGCCAAACCUCCAAAACCUGGAGCUUUAAAAGGUACAAAUAACUUCAGACCGGAUGGUGUUAAUGUGUGUUUACCUCAGAUAUUAGACUCUUUAGAGACCAAAAAGCAUAGAAAACUUGAAUGCCGAAGCAAGCUCAAGCAAAAUGUCCCACUGACUGAGUCAAAUUCAAAUACCCUACAGAUUAAAAGCUCUGAUGCUUUGAACAAUGCUGAAAUGCAGAUCAGAACCUCCAGCCCAAGUUACCUUAAGCGCAAACAGAAAAGUGUGAAUCAGUGCAGCAUCUGUCUGAAGAUCUUUCCGUAUCCUUCUAAGCUCACCAGACAUAUUUUUAGCCAUACAGAUAGCAGACCAUUUGAGUGCCACAUGUGCUUGAAAUCAUUUCGAUAUCAGUCCCAUUUGCAGCUCCACGUGAAGAUCCACAAAAAAAAGGGUUGGAAUAAAAUUGCUGGUCAUUUGGAACAAGAUAAUACUGUUUCUUUUAGUAAUGCACAAAAAUCUAAAGACCAAGAUGUGCAAAUAUCCUCACAAGAUGGAGCUGAAGACUCUGCUACAGUUCACCAAGAUCCAAAUAUGGUUAUAGAGUCUCAAAAAAUGAGUGGUGAUUCAAGUGUUUAUUUGCAAGAUUCUCUUCUAAAUGGAGGAGGUUUGGAUCUUCACACUGGACAGAGUUCUGCAUAUUCUUCCAAACCUUCAGAGGGUCAGUGGAUGAAGAAAAACAAAGGAACUGAGGAGGAACAAAAAGCCAGUGUCACAACUCAAAACGAGGACAUGGAUGUAAUUGUGAGCGUGUUGCAAAGAAAGAAUUCUAAUAGAAACAAAAGAGUUUAUGAUUGCCCCGUGUGCCAAAAACGAUUUGGUGCUCCAUCCAAACUAAAAAGGCAUUGUCUUAUUCACACGAAUCAGAGGCCCUUUCAGUGUUCCCUGUGCUGCCGUGCCUUCAGAGAACGCUAUCAUCUUAACGUUCACAUCAAAACUCAUGCAAACCCUGUGAAGAGGAGAACACCAUCACUCCAGAGCUACAGAGACAACAGUGUGUCCAGUGAUCGAACAUCUAAGUCAAGGUUAAUACCAUUUCCAAAACAUCUUACUGCCCAAAACAAUGCCAGUUCAACAGAAAAACAACAAUCAACAGUUCACCAUGAUGGAAAUAUGGUAAUAGAGGAUAUGACAUCUCAAAAAGUGAGUGGUGACUGGAGUCACUCAAAUGUAUAUGUGCAAGAUUCUUUUCUAAAUGAAGGUUUGGAUCUUCACACUGGACAGGGUUCUACAUAUUCUUCCAAACCUUCAGAAAGCCAGUGGAUGGAGGAACAAAAAGCCAGUGUCACAACACACCGUGAGGACAAGGAUGUAAAUGCAAACAUGUUACAAAGAAAGAAUUCUAAUGGAAGCAAAAGAGUUUAUGAUUGCCCCGUGUGCAAGAAACGAUUUGGUGCUCCAUCCAAACUAAAAAGGCAUUGUCUUAUUCACACGAAUCAGAGGCCCUUUCAGUGUUCCCUGUGUUGCCGUGCCUUCAGAGAACGUUCUCUUUUAAACGUUCACAUCAAAACUCAUGCAAACCCUGUGAAGAGGAGAACACCAUCUCUCCAGAGCUACAGAGACAACAGUGUGUCCUGUGAUCGAACAUCUAAUUCAAGGUUAAAACCCUCUCCAAAACAUCCAACUGCCCAGAAUGAUACCAGUUCAACAGAUAAACAAAAGUCAACCGUGCACCAAGUUCAAUAUAUGGUGAUUACAGAUGAUUUGCCAUUUCAAAAAAUGAGUGGUGACUGCAAUGAUUCAGAUUUACAUUUCUCAAAAACUACUAGUCCUUUAGAGGAUUCAGAGGUUGUUUCCCGGUGUAGCAACGAAUCAGUUUGGGCUCUGACAGAUAAAACUGACAUCUUGCUUGAUGAGAAAGAGGCAUCUGACACCGUGCCUUUUGGCAGGUUGAGUGACUGUCCACCCAAAACUGAGUCAUCUCUCCAUCACUGUGCUUAUGAAUCAAGGAUUGAAGAAAAAUGGGCCCAUCACAUGGAUGAUAUUAAAGAUUGUGUCUUUGUGAACUCGGACACUGUUAAAUGUGUCCCUGAUUCUUAUGAGUCCAGUUCAUGUAAGUAUCAACAGAAAGCUGAUGUGACGGGACUCAGAGAAAUUGUUGUUGUGGGCCUUUUGGACUUUCAGGAUCCAGGUGAAUGCUUUACCAAACCUCCACAUGACCUUCCCGUUUGUCCUGACUGUAGUCAGUGUUUUCCUUCGAUAAGGAGCUUAUAUGCACAUAAAUGUGCACACAGAUAUUCUGAAGGGAAAAUAAAGAAAUCCCACCAGUGUGACAUUUGCUUAAAAUUCUUCAGUGCACCAUCCAAACUGAAGAGACACUAUGUUACUCACACCGGUCAAAGGCCGUUCCAGUGCACACAGUGUCAGAAGUCCUUCACACAGUCCCAUUAUCUGAAAACACACAUGCUGUCCCACGGGUAGAAGGAUUACUCUAGGGUUGCCCAAAGAUAUGACCAAACCAAAAGAGAUUUCACUGUAAAUUAGUUUAUUAGUGAUUGAUGUAGUUUCUUGAAAUACUAUGCUUUGGCUUUUCAAAUAAAGAAACAGAAUUUGAAACCGUAAA